AUACAUAGGGGCCAAUUGUAAUAGUUUAACUAAAAGAAUAGGAAGCCAAGGGAAUUACCAAAUGGGGAGUCUUCAAACUAAGGAUAAAAGCAAUCCAAAUGCCAAAAUUAUUGAAGGGUUGAAGUAUAAAGUAAGGCUUCUUCAAACUGAGGUGAGUGAAAUUAUGGGCAUAAGGGAAUAUGAGAGUCAAACUUACCAACAGGAGAUGAUUAUUUUUGCAUUGAAAGAAGCAGAGUGGAAACAAGAAAAGAAGAAACUUAAAGAGGAAGUGAAUAAAUUGAAAAAGAAGUUGGAAGAAAAAGAAGAAGAGAAAUUCAAAGGAGUGGAAAAUCAUGAAAAAGGGGAUAAAGAGUGUUAUAUUAGGGAAGAACAAGUUAGAAGAGAUGAGACAAUUGAGAAGUGGAAACAGCUCUAUUUUGCUAUCAAAAUUGAACUUGAUGAACUUAUUCAAAGGACAAAUCAAGGAGAAAGACUCUACUGUAGAACAGAAGAGGUGGAGUUAAUAGAGGAGCUACAUGGGGAGUUGAAAGCAAAAGAAGAAAUAAUUACAUAUUUAAAAGAAAGAAUUGAUUCAAUGGAAAAACAAGAAGUGAAGAGGGAGAGAGAAGUGGAUAUUUUGAGGCAAAGUUUGAAAAUUAUGAGCUAUAACAAGAAAGGAACAAUCCUUACUAAAGUUGUUUCCAAAAGCUAGAAAUUUAUAGAAGCAUUUCAUAAAUAGUUUGCAAAUUGCAAUUACUAUUGUAAUAGCUUUGAUAUGUUCAUCUUCUCAAGAAUAUUAUGGUUAUUUUUUUAUUAAAAUGGAUGGUUAAUUUUUGCUCGGAA